AUGCGCGAACUUGUUCUAGCUCUUUGCAUAUUACAUCCUACCAUGGACCGCAACAUUCCCACUUACCCUCUCAAGACCAAGCCGAAAUUAGGUACUUACGAAAUAGACCGAACUAUUGGUAAAGGAAUUUUCUCUUUGGUCAAAUUGGCCACGCACACUAUUACAGGACUCCAGCUGGCCAUAAAGAUUAUCGACAAAACACGCCUUGAUGCCGAGAAUUUACACAAAAUCAAUAGAGAAGCGGAAAUUCUGAAGAAGCUUCACCACCCGCAUAUUGUUAAGCUGUUUCAGGUCAUGGAGACACCAAGACUGUUAUGUCUCGUAAUGGAGUACCUUCCAAACGGAGAAGUGUUUGACUAUAUCACCACGCAUGGUCGUUUCCCUGAAGCUAAGGCUCGUUCCCAUUUCUUCGACCUGUUGUCCGCCAUCGACUACGCACACUCCUGCGGUGUGGUGCACCGAGACUUGAAGGCAGAGAAUCUACUUUUCGACUCUAAUAUGAAGAUCAAAUUAAUUGACUUUAGUUUCGGUACCCAAUACUCCGGGGCACUCCUGACCACUUGGUGUGGAAGUCCUCCAUAUGCAGCCCCUGAGAUUUUCAAUGGGGAACCAUAUGUGGGUACCAAAGCGGACAUUUGGAGCCUUGGUGUACUGCUUUAUGUCAUGGUCUGUGGUACCCUUCCUUUCGAUGCACAACCGUUGCCGGAUCUGAAGAAUCAGGUGUUGUCCGCCAAUUUUCGCGUACCCUACUGGCUUUCAACCAGUUGCGAACAUCUCCUUCGAACCAUGAUGGCGAAAUCCCCUUCAAAACGCCCCACUGCUCGAGAGAUUUCUCAACAUCCUUGGUUUACUCAGCCACUUCCUAAGGCUGCUCCCUCACUGCUCUUUCAUCCGCCUUUUCCUCAUCCGGAUGACAGCUGUGAGUGCGUAUCUCAAGGCGCUUCUACAGCGAUGGGCUCCAAUCGUCUGUAUCCGGACAUCCAUUCAUCGUAUUGUAUUCAUGGGAAGCAACAGUUGGAUCACCAGGAUAGUCUGCCCAGGCCACCACACAGUAGAUGCUCGUUAGCAGAGCAUGGAUCUGAUUUGGCAGCAGACCUAGAGAUGGGUAAAAUAGACGAGCUACCGAUUCUCUUGAUGGAGUCAUACGGGAUGAAUCGUGCACAGAUUCUUGAGUCACUAACUCGCAAGGCUUACGAUCAUCUGAUGGCAACCUACCUUCUUCUGGGUGAGAAAUUGCGCAGUCGUCGAUUAGGUCUCACCGUCCUCCCGACGUUAGACAGACUUUCCAGUAGCGCCCCUAACAAACCACUCUUCGAAUCGCCUAGCGGUCCUCAGCAAAAACGCAGUCAUGAUGAUAGUGCAGUAGACAUGAAGUUCUCCCCCUCCGGCUGCGAAUCAGAUGCAUUAAGUAUUCCUUCGGAGUGCCAUGGACUCGGGGCUGAAUCUAGCCAAGCUGCUUGGUCAGGCGAUCCGUCUAGCCCAGUAAUUGCCGCCCAACUCACCCGAUGGGGAUUACCCGUGCCAGAGCCUAGUCUUUACUCACUGCCGCUGUCUCACUCUCCAGUGGGAAGUCCAAUCGCCUUACCCAUCGACAAUGUGGCUAAUUGUCCAACGUCCGCGGCCCCAAGUUCUUGUCCAGAGACAGUUUCGACAAUGCAACCACUCCCUAUCACCACGCAAACACCUAGCCAUCCUCUCGUCACCUCUGACCGAAGAGAUGAUUCGGACCAAUCGCAUCAGGUUGCAGUGCCUUGGUUCACAUCAUGUGCAGGUGUUACGAGUGAGUUGGAACCCGUCCAACCCACAAACGUGGUUCACGACCCUCCUCGACGUGGGCUGGUUCGUCGGAAGUACGGUGUUGUCACUCCUCCAGCUUGCUUGGAUCAAUUGGCCCAAGUAGUUCUCACUCAGCAGUCCCUGAAUGAGGAGAGCGUGAGAGAAGUGGAUGAAUAGGGUCUGGCAUAUUCAAAUUCGGCCACCUUAACUUCCAUGACAGAUUUUCUUUUUUGUUCCAACUCCGCGUCGACAACCUCUGAAGCUAGCACCGUCUCUGAGCACGAGCAUUCAUGCUUCGCUUCUCUUACCCGAAUAUCCUUGCCCACGAAGAGUAGGAUCGAGUCCAUGUUUGUUAAGUCCCCCUGUAACAUUGUCAUGUGUAGCUUGUGAUUCAGCUCGUUUCUGCGGAUUCUCCGCCAUUCUCUAUCUUGCUUUUCCCAUUGGAGCAUUCGUUAUGUAUCAGCGAGGAGCGCAGCUGUGAGCCUCGUUAUGUAUUGGGAAUGAUCCUCACUCGUCCAGCACGUACAUGUUUCCUCUUGUUGUGCCUUUCGUGUUCCCCUCAGCAUACACAAAUCACCUGACACUGUAUACAAACGUACAUAAAUCGAUUCCCAGCGCUU